CACAUCCAUCCGUAUCCGUACGAACGAUCGCUUCCGUCCGUAUGUUUUGCUGUCGCUAUCGCCGACGCUGCUGCCAGUGGUGACGUAUUGUCCAGCGGACAGUGUGUGUGUGUGUGCGUGUGUCGUGAUCUUCGCGAUCGUCGUCGCCGCCGCCGCCGCCGCCAGUUGAUAUAACAUUAUUAUCAUUUGCUUUAUCAUUGCAAUAUUAUUUUCGACAGUCUUCUUCGUCGUCGCGUCGUCGUCGUCGUCGUCGUUUUACGCGGGAUCGUAAAUUGUGUUUCACGCGUCGCCGUCGUCGUUCUCCGAUAAUAAGGGCUGGCGACCGGGCAGUAACGCGGCGCCCCGUGUGAGUACACCAACUCCGACAACUGGUGCCGCUGCUCCGCUACACAAUGGCCGGCAACAUGGGAAUGGAACAAUUGAUACCCAUCGUGAACAAGCUGCAGGACGCCUUCACACAGCUGGGCGUGCACAUGCAGCUCGACCUGCCCCAGAUUGCGGUGGUCGGCGGUCAGAGCGCCGGUAAAAGUUCCGUGCUGGAGAACUUUGUCGGAAGGUAAAAAGCGAUUCUGGGCCGGUAUCAUAACACAGUGCCUACCUUUUAUUUGCCUACGACCUAGACAUGUUAGCCGUACCGGAUGAGUAACGUGCAAUUCGUUGUGUAGGGGCUGUCUGUGUGAAAUGUGUCGCCCAACUCGCGAGUGACACACUGACAGGAUGUAACAUCAGCUUACCGGAUUGUAGUAUAAAAUAUGAGCCCGGCGCGUUUAAAAUUUAACAGUAUACUCGGACGAUUGUCUCGAUACGAUAAUUGUGAACCUACUUAUCGAUAGGCGGGUGACAUCGCACAAAGGUUUCCCGAAAACAAUCCUUUUUUUUAUUUUAUUCAGCCCUAGGCGUGUUAAUGUUCAUUCUUAAUAGGUAUGAGUAAUAUCAAAUAUGACUAAUGAAUUUCAUGUUUGCCUAUGGCACAAUGCGGUACUUAUAUUAUUUUCAAUUAAUAUACGAUUCGUUUGUGUUGUGAUGAGACAGCUUUUUUGUGUACCUACUUCUGUUUUGCAUUUGGGUACCUACACCGUUUGUUUAUUGUUUUAUUGAUUUUCAUGUAUUUCAGUUAAAUACUUAAAUACAAACCUGAGAUUAGACCGAAGAGAAUACAACUACGUGUCUAGGUGAAGAUAUAAGAUAUUAUUGGUUUAUCUUUACAAUACUCACCUGUAUCUAUAUAUUAUGUACAUUAUUCGUGUAAAGUGACAUUUUAAAACAUACCAUGGUAUAGACAGUUAAGCAAGUGUACCUACGUAUUUUAUUUGGAUUGGGUAAAUAUCAACAUCGAACUGUACACACGAGUCAUAACGGUUUUGGAGGUUUUUUAAUGUUUUAUUAGCCACUGUUGAUUUAUCUCUGGGUUUUUCAGUUUAUAGUCAGAUGGACGAUACCUAAAUAUUGUUAAUUGCAAAUUGCAAUAUUUACCUACCUAUUUAAUUUGGCUAUUUUCAAAUGCCAAUGUACUAACAGCACCAUCUUAAUUGUUUGCUCUUAAAGGAUUUUAAUCCAAAUCAAUGACAAUUUUCAACCAUUUUGAUAUUUAUCAAUUUUCAUACGUACCUAUACUGUGUAUAGUACUAAUGUUAUUGUUAUAUAGUAUAAUAUUUGUAUUUGAAUAAUCACAUUAUUAUAACAUGCGUGUCUAGUUAAAUAUGUUUUUUUUUUAUCUAGUUGUCUAUUUAUCCGAUGAAGCACCAGAUUGAUAUCAAAUAUAACUGUUUUUGUUAGAUUUAAUAUCACUAGAAAUGAUUUUAUUGGUAGCUAUCAAUUUCAUUACCUUGCUCAUCAUUCGAUUUUGUAGUUUUCCUUUCUGAAGAAUUAAGAUCAAUCAUAUUGGCCGUUUAAUUUUUAAAAUUAAACUUUAGUUAAUCAUUUUUUAAUUAUUUUUUCUUUUAUCUUGUAUCUAAUUAUAAAUUUACAUUUUAAGUAUAUACUAUACUUACGAUAUAAAUAUAUUUUAUUUAUUUGUUUUGUUAUUGUAUAUCACCUUGUAUAUUACUAUAAAGUCUAUUUGACCCCCUCUCUAUCUAAUACUUUGCUUUUCAAAGAGAAAUCUUGUAAAAAACUGACUCACUUCUAGAUAGAAAUUUUGGUCAAUGAUUUCUGUUAUUUUAUUAACUGACAUUGCACUCCAUAUUUACUCAUGUGUAACCUUUUAGAUUAACUAGAAUAGUUUUCUUUCAAACAGUUUAAGCUGAAAACAUUUUGCUUAAACAUCUCCAUUUAUAUAUUUCUAGGUAUAUUACAUAUCUAAUUAAUAUUGUAAUUAAUCUGUGAUUAUUAACUUUUGAUCCAAGUUAUUCUAAUAUUUUCAAAUUAAUUCAUAUAAUAUAUGUAAUAUUAUUAGGGUUUGGAUUUCUAAGAAAAUUAUUUACAAUUUCGUUAGAUAAUAAUUGGUAUAUUGAUUUAAGAUAAAAAUUUUAUUUCCGUAGAUUUAUAAACUAAUUUUUCAGUUAGUAAUUUAUUGUAUUUAAACUAAUGCAAAUUAGUUUAAAUUUAAAUAUUAAACAAUUACCUAUUUUUGUGUGAUACUCUGUUAUUUUUGGAGGGUACUUAUAAUAUAUUGAAUAAGUUUUAUCUGUAUACCAGUACUAUAGCCAGAAUAAAUUGUUCAGGGGGAGGGGGUGCAAUAAUAAUUAAAACUUUUAAAACGUUGCACUGUAAUACUCCACUUAUAAAAUUAUAAUAUAGCGCCUCAAACAUUUGAAUACAUUUUUUUAUGAAGUAAAUUAUUAAUUUAUAUUCACUUUAUUGAUUUUAACUAAUAUCCAUCAACUUUAUUUAUAACGUUAAUAUGUGAUAUUGUAUUGGUAUUUUUAAUUUUGUAUCAAUAUUAAAGUACUUACUGUUUACAGUAAGUAGUUCAAUCAGAAAAUACUUAAAUAAAAAAUAGUUAAUAGUUAAGAACACUUAAUUGUAACAACAUAGUCCCAGCUACACAACAAAGCCAAAACAUAAAUAAAUUAAUAGCUAAUGUAAAUCUCAUUUAUCUUGGUGAAUUUAUUUAAAUUUAAAAUUAAAAUUAAAAUAAUAUAAAUGUUGUUAUUAUUUAAACUUUUAAAUGUAUUAAUCUAAUUAAUUAAGAUAAAUCUUAUUAAUUAAUAAUGAUUAUUAUAAAAAUAAAUAAGAUAAACUUUUUAAGAUUUAAUAUAGUUAACAUAACAAAUUAAACAUGAUAGCUACUGUUCAGUGCAACCAUAAUAAAACAAAUAUAAACAUUUUUAUAUAGUAUAAAAUCAAGUAGUUUUAUACUGUACGUUUUAUUUUUUUAUUCCUUUAAAAAGAUAAUGGGCCCACUGAACGAGUAUGUAUGGGAGCCCGGAGUAUACAUGCAUAUAAUACGUGUUUUAUACGUUCCAACCCUGAUCUUUAUUGUAACCCAUUAAAUUUUUAAACCAAGUUUAUAACUGGUUAACCAUGUUUGGUUAUUAACUAUAAACUCAAUUUAAAAUUCAGAUAAGUAAUUGCCUUUGCUUAAGUUGGUGAAAGAGGUUCUUAAAAGUAAAUGUAAUAAUUAUUAGUUAAAACAAUCUAUGUAUUGUACUUAUAUUUUUGUAUUAAUUAUUAUUCAUUUUAUUUUUAGGGAUUUUCUUCCAAGAGGUUCAGGAAUUGUAACUCGACGUCCUCUUAUACUUCAGCUUAUAAAUAGCACAUUAGGUAAGUUAAAUUGUUUUUUUUCAAACAUAAUAUGUUUAAUUAUCCUAUUAAUUAAAUAGUUAUUAAAAGUAAACUUUUCAUUAGACAUAGAAAACAGUAACCUAGUUCUAAUCCUUAUCAAUACUUAAUACAUUUAAGUUAUAUAUUUUACAUUCGUUAGUCAUUUGUAUAUCAGUGGCGUAACUAGGACCAAUUUGUGGGGGGUGAUAUGAAUAUUUAUCAUUAGUUAAAAAAAAAAAAACAUUUAUAGGUAUCUUACAAAUUAUAAUUAAUUAUAUUAUAUUACAAUAAUAUUUCCAGUUUCCUUGAUUUUUUGCCAGGUAAUCAGUUUCUUCAACAUUUAAUUUAAUAUGUCUAUUGAUAUUGAAGACAAUCCAUUAAGUCUAACCUAACACAAAAACAAAAAUACGAAACCCAUAAAUUAAUCUUGAUUUAUAGUUGAACAAUGAAAUCUAAAAAUUAAAACUAGAUUACAUACUUCCAUCAUAGUAUUAGGUAAAUAGGUUUUUAUACGUUUUAAACUCAAAAAGAUUCUUUUAGGUGUAGCUGUUGACACGGGAAGUGUACAUUAAAUCUUGAGAAGAAUAUGUAUAUUGUGGUAUAAAUCUUCAUGGCAUAGAAAAAGAGUAUCUAGUGCAGUCUUUAUACAUAAAUUAUUAGUAGAUAUUUUUUUUGAUAUUUAAACUCAGUUAAUGACACAUGCUUGUCAAUCUCUGGUGAGUAAAAUUCAACUAGUUUAUUAAAUUUACCAAUUUCUUCAAGAGUUAGUUUAGAAGUAUUUGGAUUAUAUUAAAGAGGUAUUUAAUUCAUAAGAAAAUUUAAAUUAUCUAUUCAACUGAUAUAAUCUAUAAACUAUAAUUAUAUAUAAUUUGUAUCACAGUGUACCUACAAUUUACUUACUUGGUAAUUGUUAUAUUAUCAUUAUCUAUAGAGAAAAUGGGUGAGCAAAAAUGUAUAGGACAUUUGCCCAAUCAAUUUUAAAAUUAUAAAUUAUAAUACAAUAAAAAAAAAAAAAAUGUCUGGUGGUUGAUUUAUCACCUAAAUAUCACCCCCUUAGUUACGUUACUGGUUUAUAUAAUAAUAGUUUACUUUGAAAAUAAUAAUUCAAUCUAAAAAUAUUAUAAACAUAGGUAAAACUAUUCAUGAUUUGAUUUCUAAAUAUCAUGUGCAUUAUUUUUUAUACUGUUAUGAAUUUAAUAAAAACUGAUAAAGAUGCUUUUUCAAUUUUUUUUUUUAUGUAAAUGUAUGUCAUACUUAUAUGCUAAAAUAUAUAAAAAUGAUUAAAUUACCUUAAGAUGUUUCAUUAAACUUCUAUUAUUAUUUACCACUUAACAAAAUCAUUUAUUUAUACAUAUAUCUAUAUUAUUUGCAUCUAUAUUAAUUUUAACAUUUUUAAAAAAGUUUUUUUUUUAUUUGUUAAUUUAAAAAUUGUAUAUAUCUACUUACAUUUAUUUCUAAAUUGCAUUAAUUAAUUAAACUUAAAAAUUAAAAUGUAAUUAAAGAAUUAACAUAAGAUGUAGUAAAAUAUUUAAUAUUAUCUAUGACUAAUAAUUAUUUUCAAUUUUUACAGAAUACGGAGAAUUCCUCCACUGCAAAGGAAAAAAGUUUUCAGAUUUUGAUGAAAUCAGGCGUGAAAUAGAAGGUGAAACUGAUCGUAUGACCGGAUCUAAUAAGGGAAUAUCAAAUAUACCGAUUAAUUUGAGGGUAUAUUCACCUAAUGGUAAGUACGAGGUGCAUUAGAUGUUUAUUUAUGAAAUCAUAAUUUGAAUUAUUAAAAGAAUAAUGAUAAUAGUUUAGUUAAACGAAUGAAAACGAAGUUGUUAGGUAUUUUUGUCAAAAUAAUGAUUAAAGUAUUUCACAUAAUAUUUUAAAUGUACAAUAUAAGAAAUAUCUACAUUUUUUAACAUAUAGGUAAUAUAUAUAAUUCUAUAAAUAUUUUGAAAUCUUAUAUUAUUAAGUGUAUUAUUAUUUAUUACUAUUGAAUAAAAUGUUUUUAACUAUCAUUAAUUAAAAUUAUUAUUUUCUUGGAACUUAAAAAAUAAGAAGUUGUAAACUAAUUUUGUAUUAAGUUUUACACAAAUAUUUAUUACAUUCUGAAUUAUUGAAAUAAAUUUUUUUUUAUUACUCUAUAAGCCAUUUUACUAUGGUUAUUAUUUAUAACAUGUAAACAGUUUUAAACAUCACAUUGAUCGAUUUGCCCGGCUUGACGAAAGUGCCAGUGGGCGAUCAACCAGUUGACAUUGAACAACAAAUCAAAGACAUGCUGUUCCAAUUUAUCACAAAAGAAACAUGUCUUAUAUUGGCUGUAACUCCGGCUAACACUGAUCUGGCCACUUCUGAUGCUUUACAAAUAUCAAAACAAGUUGACCCAGACGGUAAACGUUAAUCGGCCAGUAAUCUACUCGCCAAUAUUGCACCAACUCAUGCUAUUAGCAUUUUUGUUGUAUUUUUUUUAGUUUUCGUUAGAAUUCUAUAUUGCUUCAGUUUUUUGUUUUUUUUUAAACUUACCGAUUUUACUUACCAACCUAAUAAUUUAACUAUGAAUGGAGACUGUAACCAGUAUUUAAAAAUAAUCAUUAAUAAUUAAAAAUAAAUUUCAAAGGAUAGGGUAGGCUACAAAGUAAUGAAUUUAAUUUGAUAAUGUAUAGAUGGUGUAUUGGUGGCCUUUGUGUAGUUUUGCUAGUAUUAUUUUCCAGUGUUGAACCUGACCCUUGUUGAUUUGCCUGGUAUGACCAAAGUACCUGUUGGGGACCAACCUCCCGACAUAGAACACCAAAUAAGAGCAAUGUUAUUCACUUUUGUUAAACGAGAUAAUUGCCUGAUUUUGGCUGUAACACCGGCCAACCAGGAUUUGGCCAACAGUGAUGCAUUAAAAAUUUCGAAAGAAGUUGACCCUGAAGGUAAGAAAUCGAAAAUAUUUUCAUCUAUGAUUUUGUUUAUUAACAAAUUAUUGAAAUUAAUCUCUCAUUUCUAAAUCAACAUUUUUGACAAAGGUUAUUUGGGUAUUUGGGAAAUUAUAAUUGGCAUACCUAUAAAAAGAUAAAAAUAUACUCUGAUAUAGGUAUAGUUGGUUUUAAAAAGUAUUGGCUUUAAAAUGUUAAAAGGAUGUUUAAUUUUUUCAUAAGGAUUUUAUUAUUGAAUAGAAACUACUCCAUUCACUGUGUGAAUAUAUUUGUUUAUUUCAAAUUUUUUAAAUUUUUUUUAUAGAUUUUAUGUUUAUUACACGCUUAAUAAGUAAUUAUUCGGAGAUUUACUGUAGUGGAACUUUGCAUGCUAUAUAUAAAAUAAUACAUUAAAAAAAAAAAUUAAAUAAAUUAUUAUUAUUUACAUUUAUUCAUUAUCAAUAUUUCAUUUUUUUUUUCAUUGCAACCAAUUUUUGAAUUUUUUGAAAAAAAAGCAUGUAUUAUACACUAUAUGCAUACAAGUUGCCCAUGUUUGUUACAGGUAGACAUCUAAAUAUAAUUUAAUAAAUGUAAAAGCUACUGUAAUUACUGUAAUAGAAAUUUGUUUUGUGGCAUUCCUUUUUAUUUGUAUAUAAAAACUAAAAUUUAUAAUUUCUCAUUUAGGUAUGCGAACUAUUGGUGUCAUAACAAAACUGGAUUUAAUGGAUGAAGGAACUGAUGCUAGAGAUGUACUAGAAAACAAACUUCUACCUCUCAGACGUGGUUACAUUGGUGUAGUAAACAGAAGUCAGAAAGAUAUUGAUGGCCGCAAAGACAUAAAAGCAGCCUUAGCCGCAGAAAGAAAAUUUUUCUUGGGGUUGGCUGAUAUUAUAUAUUUUGAAUUUCAGUAUAGACAAUAUUUUAAAAUAUAAUAUUUUUGUUUAGACAUCCAUCUUAUAGACAUAUGGCUGAUAGACUUGGUACACCAUAUUUGCAAAGAGUUUUGAAUCAACAAUUGACGAAUCAUAUUAGAGAUACAUUGCCAGGUCUUAGGGAUAAAUUACAAGUAUGUUUUAUUUUAUUUUUACUAAGUUCGCGGUUACUUAUAAUUUAAUUAUUUUCAGAAACAAUUACUUACAUUAGAAAAGGAUGUUGAACAAUUUAAAUACUUUAGGCCAGAUGACCCUGCUAUUAAAACCAAAGCAAUGUUACAGUAAGAAAUUUAAAGUCCAGCAAUAUUAUAUUAUAUUUAUUGUAUUAUUAUAUAUAUUCUCAUUAAUGUAGAAUGAUACAACAGCUUCAAUCUGAUUUUGAACGCACAAUUGAAGGUUCUGGUUCUGCUCAGAUUAACACCAAUGAGCUCUCUGGAGGUGCCAAAAUUAAUCGUUUGUUCCAUGAACGUUUUCCAUUUGAAAUAGUGAAAAUGGAAAUUGAUGAAAAAGAACUCAGAAGAGAAAUAGCAUUUGCCAUUAGAAACAUUCAUGGUGUGUAAUAUACUAAGAGCUUGAAUUUGUGAUUGACUAAAUACUAUUUUUAUUUAUAGGUAUCAGAGUUGGUUUGUUUACACCUGAUAUGGCUUUUGAAGCUAUUGUGAAAAAACAAAUUGCCAGAUUGAAAGAACCAUCUUUAAAAUGUACUGAUCUUGUUGUUAAUGAAUUGUCUAACGUAGUUAGAAUUUGUACUGAUAAGGUAAGAACAACAUUGAUAAUAAUAAUAAAAAUAAAAAUUUUAUUUUAAUUAAAUGAUACUAAAAAAAAAAAAUAAUAGAUGUCCAGAUAUCCACGUUUGCGAGAGGAAACAGAACGCAUCAUUACAGCAUAUAUCCGCAAUCGUGAGCAAAUGUGCAAAGAACAGUUAAUUUUAUUGGUUGAAUGUGAAUUAGCCUAUAUGAAUACUAACCAUGAAGAUUUUAUUGGGUUCGCUAAGUAUGUAACUGCUUUUUGUUUAAAUAAUAUAAAGUAAUGUUAAUCAUAUAAAUUAUUUAUAACAUUGUUAUAUUAUAGUGCACAGCAAUCGUCUGAUAAUUCUAAUAAAACUCAUAAACUCGGAAAUCAGGUGAUUCGAAAAGGUUGGAUGUGUAUUCAUAAUUUGGGCAUUAUGAAAGGUGGAUCUAGAGAUUAUUGGUUUGUUCUGAUGUCUGAAAAUAUCUCAUGGUUCAAAGAUGAAGAGGUAUACUGAAAAUAAUAUCAACUAUAUAUCUAUAUUAUUAACUUUAUAUUAUAUAUAAAAUUAUCAUUUUUAAGGAAAGAGAAAAGAAAUAUAUGUUACCAUUGGAUGGAUUGAAAAUCAAAGAUGUUGAACAAGGUUUUAUGUCACGUCGUCAUACAUUUGCAUUAUUUAAUCCAGAAGGUCGUAAUGUUUACAAGGUGAACUUUGAAUAUAACUAUGUGUAAGAUCAAGCCUACUCUCCACUGGUUUACUUAAGUUUUCAAUUAAAAUAAAAAUUGAAUUAUAACUUUUAACAUUAAUGUGUUUUAAAUGAUUGAUGUUGAGAUAUUAUGUCAUAAUAAUAAUUUAUUUUCUCAAAUUGAUUUUAAUUUAAACAUCUUAAAUUAUGUACAUGCAAACAUGAAGUAUAAAAAAAAUAAAAAUAUUCAUAUAUUUAUAUUAAAUUUUUCUAAGUGAUCAGUGGAGAAUUGGUUUAUAACAUUUUUUUUUAUUACUUAAAUAUAUGUUUUAGGAUUAUAAACAGCUAGAAUUGAGUUGUGAGACACAGGAUGAUGUUGAUUCAUGGAAAGCGUCAUUUUUACGUGCAGGUGUAUAUCCAGAAAAAUCAUCAGAUAUAUCUAACAGUGAUGAGGUAAAACUAAAUUUGUGAUUAAGAAAAAGACCCAAUUUAACAAUAUAUAUAUAUACAACAUUUAUUUAAUAUUACUAUUUUUUUUUUUUUUACCUUCCGAUCAGGAUGGUCGUGAGGUUAGUGUCAAAUUUAUAUAAUUAGUACUAUUUUGAUGUAACAUUAUUAUAAAAUUAUUAUUAACUUUAAUUUUGUGAUGUUUAUAGAGCAGUACAGAAUCUACUACAUCUAUGGAUCCAGUUUUAGAAAGACAAGUGGAGACUAUUAGAAAUUUAGUUGAUUCGUAUAUGAAAAUUGUCACCAAAUCUUGCCGCGAUCUAGUCCCUAAAAUCAUAAUGCAUUUGAUUAUUAACAACUCAAAAGAUUUUAUUAAUGGAGAAUUAUUAGCUCAUCUCUAUGCUUCUGGUGAUCAGGUAAUUAAUAUUAAACAUUUAAAACAAAAUUAGUUCUUAUGACAUUUAUUAAAAGAUAUGCACAGAAAAAUUAUUUACUUUUUAUAUGGAAUAUAAUGAUUUUUUUUUUUAAAUAUGUGCCCAAAGACAAUUAUUUGUAUUGAUGUAUACAUUAUUUAUUUAAGUCCCAAAUGAUGGAAGAAAGUGCAGAGGAAGCUGUAAAACGUGAAGAAAUGAUGCGCAUGUACCAAGCAUGUAAAGAAGCUUUAAGAAUUAUUGGCGAUGUAUCUAUGGCAACUGUAACUACACCUGUUCCACCACCAGUCAAGAAUGAUUGGCUAGCAUCUAGUCUUGAAAACCCUAAGUAAUAUAUUUUGUUAAAAACAUAAGUAUAUAUUUUUCAUUUUGUUUAACUAUAAAGAUUGUCCCCACCAAGUCCUGGUGGCGCAGGACGCAAAGGAGUAUCUGUUAACUCAACACCCUUAAAUGCUGCCUCAAGAGCUCCUCCCCCUCCUCCAGCUUCAGGAAGACCAGCUCCAGCAAUACCUAACAGACCUGGGCCAGAACAGGCACGACAACCUCCUGCUCCACCUGGUAGGCCUGGUGGUCAGGGACUUCCUCCACCUUUAAUUCCUUCGUAAGUGAAUUUUAGCAUUUUAUUGCUUUAAAUAUAUAUUAUAAGUAAUUCUCAUUAUAUUAACUUUAAAUAUUUAGUUUUUUUUAAAAAAAAAAUUAUAAAUUUAUAUUAUAAAAACUAGUGCCCAGCUAUACUAGCUUCACUAACAAUUUUCAGCUAGUUAGCUAUGUACUUAAUGAUAGUACUCACUAACAUGUAGUUAGUUUGAGUUACUAACAUUUAGUGUAAAAGGCAGCAACGGCGACGGUGUGGUUUUUUUAAAUUUCAGACGCCGUUGAAAUGUAUUGUCGAGCAUGUCUUCAGUGGCCGAUUAAAUCUACAACUCCAUUAAUAAUAACCAUUAUAUUCAUAACCAACUAAUCUAUUCACAUAAAUUGAAGCCACAGUAAGCUAAAUUUGGUCCAUUAGUUUUAUUUUUACAAUUAAUUUGAGUGAUUAAUAUUAGUGUUUAUAUUAUUUAUUUGUUAAAAAAUUUAUAUUUGUGUAUACAUACAUACAUAUAUAUAUAUAUAUAUAUAAAUAUAAAUACAUAUAUAUAUAUAUUUGUUUUGUAUUCGUUAUGUUGGUAAAUAUCAUUGUAUAGGUUAGCACAUCAGUAUAAUUAGGUAAUUAGAUGUUAUUUACCUAGGUUACCUAAUAAGUAAUAAUUGUUAAAAAAUUCACAAUUUGUAAAAGUUGUUAAGUAAUAUAUUUAUAAAAUUGUAAUUUAUAUUUCCUAUAUUAGGAAUUAUCACAGUCAUCUUCUAAUAAUAUUAAUCAUUGGUAGUGAUUGUGGAAUACAUUCAUAAAUAAUAAUUAUUAGAAUAUUUUAAGGUAUUUAAUAUUUUUAUUGUCUUCAUAUUUUAUUUUAAUUUUUUAGCUCAUAUUUAAUGAACUAUCAGAUCAUGUAAAUCGUUAUUAUUUAAUCAGUUUAAGAAGUGAUAUUAAUUUCUGGUUAUUGAUUUUGUCAACAAAAUUAUGUCUAUUUAGUUUAAGAUAUUUAUUUUAUGUUUUUUCUUGUUUGCAUAGUCAAGAAAAAGUUUUUGAAUUUCUUUUAGAAAUAAUAAAUAAUUGACAAAGUAAAAUAAUACCGUAAUGUUUGAGUGUCAUCUGGAUAAUAUUGACAUUAUUUUGAAAAUACACACUUUACACAUUUUUUAUGAUUAGUAAGCUGCGUAAUUAAGUUAAAUAUACAGACUUUGCUUUUGAAAAGUUAAUUAAAAUUGUUUUUAAUGCUAAAAUGAUUUAAACAUUUUUUUUUUUUUUUGUAAGAACAGUAGCAACCAAGUUGGGGAAUACACAUUAUUAUUAGUUAGCGUUAUAUAAUGUGCCAGAUUGCUGGUGAGAGCAUUCUUUUAAUGUUUGGUAAUAAUAACUGUCAGUAAUAAGCUUUAUUAAGGGCCGAAAGCUGCAAUGUUUGGAGCAUAUAAUGACAAGAGGUGAGAACGAAACAGUUAGAGCAGCAUUGGUGCGGAAGCCGGAAGGGAAAAGACCUAGGAAAAGUUGAAUUGAUGUGGUGGAAGAUCUAAAAACUCUUGGAGUUGAGAAUUGGAGGGUGACAGUUCAAGAUACAGAUAGAGAGAGAGAGAGAGAGAUAGUGUGUGUGUGUGAGAGGGAGAGAGAAUAAUAACUGCUAACAUUGUUUAUAUCCAAAUAUAAGUUACAUUAAAUAAAUUUCAAAUAAUUUUAGUUACUGUUAAUUGAUUUAAGUUAAUUUCCAAGCCACCAAAAUUGGACAGGUCCCUGUUGCAUAUCUAUUUCAUAUAUUUUAAAUGGUCUUUUAUUUUUACAACUUAAUCUGCAACAAUAUUACUUUUUGAAACUUAUCAGAAUCAAAAUAAUAAUAAUAUUAAUUUAAACACAUUUUCCUUGGCUAUGUAUUGACUGAAUUCUGAAAUAUUUAGGUAAAUUGAUAAUUUAAAUAUUUUAUUUUUUUAGUUAAAGAUGUAGUUAUAAAUAAAAGCACCUACUUUUAUGUUACUAAAUACAUUAUAUUAUUUAACGCUUUAAUGCAAUUUAUAUAAAUGUAUAUAUACACAUUAUUAUUAUAUACAAAACAUGGAAACAAAUGCUUUUGCUGGUAAUAAUAAUAUUGGUGUCAGUUAUGAACUAAUUUAAUGUUAAUGUUACACCAAUGGGUUUAUGGUACAAAUAGAUUGUUGAUAUAUAUUUAAUAAUUUUAUUUUAUCUUUUAAAAAAUAAUUAUCUAUAGACCUGCAUAAGAAUUAUCUGUAACUAAGAAAAAAAAAUAAAUAAAAAUUAUGGCUAUGCGCGAGUUAUAUAUUCAUAUUAUUAUGAUGGUGAUUGGCGAUAAUAGGCGAGGAGCAGCAAUGCCACAAAUACCGCAACGUAUACAGCAAGCUGUCAGCCAAGCUGUUGCACAAGUAGCUGUCAAUGAGCUUACCAACGCUUUUGCCAACCGUUUCAAAUAAUCCGUGUAUCUAACUUAAUAGCUGUAUACAUAACAUGGUGAGUUAAAUUAACAUUUAUUGACUUAAAACUAAGUUUUUUUUUUUUUUUAUAAGAUGUAUUUUCAUUUGUCUUGAAAUGUUUCGGUUACUGAUUAUACAAAGACUAUUACUUAAGUAUUUUUGAUUUUGUCUGUAUGGGUUCUGUUAAUGUAUUUAUUAAAUACAACAAAUAUAUCUACUAUUACUAGUCUAAUUUUCACUCACCUAUUUUGAAUUAUAGAAAUAUUCUUCACAAAACAAUAAAAAACUGUAUACUACAAUAAUACUAUUUUAUAAUUCAUUAUUCUUCUACACUCCUAUUAUGCUAAUUAAUAAAAAAAAAAAAAACCGAUGAAAUUUGAUUGCAUCAUUAGGGGUUGGGGUUGAAAGUUGAAACCUCGGAAGGUCAUAUCUUUGUUACCAACACCAUGCUUACACAAAAUAUCAUCAUCUAGGUUUUCAUUAAAGGUGUUUGUAGAAAUAUUCAAAAUACCUUCCUCACUCAAUAAUAUGGUGAAGCUCGAUCCAUCUUUUAUCACUUCAAGCCUCCUAUAAAAAAAUCUUUAAUUCCUAAAUUUAAGCUCAUUUGGUCUAGGAGUUGCUCAAAGUCUCAAAAAGUGGUAGAAAAAGAUAUAAUAUACAUAUAUAUUAUUACAGACACAAUAUAGUGCGAUAGUUUUUUGAGAAAAAUAUAACAACAAAUACAUAUUCAUGUAUCAUUUAUUGACUUAUAUUACAUUUUUAUUUUUAAGUCAAUUUAUUAUUUGAUUAGUUUCGAAUAUUAAGUAUGCUGAAUAUGUGUACAAUUUACUAUUUAAGACAAAUGAAACAUGUGCGAACAUAGGAUAUUUUUUUUAGUUUAUAGGUUAUUAUUUAAAAAAGUAAAUGUAUGCAAACAUUGUUUUGGUUCUUUAAUUUCAGCACGUGAAGAAAUUGUCUAGACUUGAUUUAUCUUCUAUUUUAGAAGCAUGCAAAUGUCCAAAAAACAAGACAAAAUAUUCUUAUUUAAAAAAUAUAUUUAUAUAAUUGUUAAUAGAUUAUACUAUCUAUCCUUUUUAGGAUAAUUUAAAAUGUUUUAAUCAUAGUUUAGAUAUGAUAUACGCAUGAAAUGUGAUUAUUAGUGACUAAUUGAAUGUUAAACGCAUAAAAUAAUUUUUAUUAAAAUUAUUAUUUAUUAAUUUGUUUGUACAUAAAACAAUAUUAUUAUUGCUGAAGGCCUCAUUAUUUAAUUUUAAUUUUUAAGACAAAGAGGGGGGUCAUAUUAUUGUUUUUAUUAUCAUUCCAUUUUAUUUAUUUUUAAUUUCAAGUGCAUAUAAGGGUUUUUUAAAUUUGAUUUUCAAACAUAAAUCCCUAUAAACAAUCACAUUCUAAGUACAUAAUAUAAAUUUAUUAUGUAUUCAGUUAUUUUAAUUAUUGCGCGGCAUUUAUUUUUAUAAAGUCGAAAAGGUAUAUUUUUAUCGUCUAUAUACUUACAAGAAUGAAGCUAUUUAUUAAUUAAUGUAUUGUUAAUUAUUUAGUUACCAGAGUUCCUGAAUACAGAGACUAGUGUAACCAUAAAGAGAGGAAUUUUAUAAUAGUGAAAGAUAAUUAUAUUUAGUUAAAUUAUUUAUAUAUAUAUAUAUAUAUUAAUAAAUAACAUAAAAUUAUAUAUUUUAUUUGUUGAUAAAUUAUUUUUAGGUGUGUGUGGAAAAUGAAUAAUAAUAAUAAUAACAAUACAGUUUUAAAUGAGUAGUUUCAGUAUAAUAUAUAAUUUAUGGAAAAAAAAAAAAAAAAAAAAAACACUUUUUAAACAUUAUAUUAUAACAAGAUAAUCAUUAAUAUGUAUGUUACUCUAAAACCGUUAUGACAGCUUUAUAAUAUAUUAUAUAAAUAUACGACUAUGCAAAGCAAUGAUAGGAUAUCAUACAAUUAAAAUAAACUUAAUAUAUAUCGUUUUAAUAAAAAAUAAUGUUAAGUCGAUUCAAUUGUAUUAGAUGAAGAAAAAAAAAAAAAACACUUUUUAAACAUUAUAUUAUAACAAGAUAAUCAUUAAUAUGUAUGUUACAAACAAAUAGAAAUUCUCUAGGUUAUUAUAAUAUUAUAUUGUUGUUAAGUCAAUUAAGUUUUCGAUGAAAUACGACAGAAUUAGUAUUUUGUGUUCCUAUAUAUAUAUAUAUAUAUACAUUACAUAGUAAAAGAUUGCUUUUUUAAAAUUAAAGAAAUAUUAUAUAUAUAUAUAUCGUAAGUGGUUUUUGUAAGUUAGAGCUAAAAACGUGAUUACUGUAUUUUUUUUUUUUUUUUUUUUUUUUCUAUUCACACAAAAUUAAUAAUAUGUCGUAAAAACACAAAAAAUGUAUUAUCUGUGCAUGUUCAUAUUUUCAUAAACAUCAUCGAAUUGUGUUCGUUGAAUAUUUUAAAUUUUUUUGUUUUUGUUUUUUUUUUUUAUUAUUAUGUUUUAUGUAUUAAUUUAUUGAUAAAAAUAAUAAUAAUAAUAAUAAUUUUAAAAUAAGAUUCAAAAUUGCCAAAGUUUGCCUAGUUACCUAGUGCCUGACAUUUACUCCCAUUUCAUGACGAUUAUUAUUAUUAUUAUUUUUAUUUUUAUUAUUACUAUUGUUGUUGUUAAACACGUCGGUUGAUAUAUUGUUGUUUUAGAUUUCGGUAAAAUUAAUUAAGGUAGGCAAUAUUGUAAUCUUGCGUCGGAGAGACAGACCGCGUUUUAGCUCGUAACUCAAACAAUCGCUUAUAUUAUUAUUAUUAUUAUUAUUAUAUACGUAUAUGCUCAUUAAAAAAUAUAACAUUAUAUUAUAUACCAUUACCAUCGAUUUAAAUAACGAAUAACGAUAUUACAAUAAUUAUUGUUAUCUCUUACUGAUUUAUGACACUAUAAAAAAAAAAUAAAUAAUAAUAAUAAUAAUUAAUAAAAAAAAAAAAAAAAACUUAUGUAUCUUAGUUGAUGUUGUGAACGUUAUAUCGGAUUGUAGCAAUAAUAAUAAUAAUAAACAAACAAAAAAGUUAAGUAAAAUUGUAUGUUGUUUAUGUAUUGAAAAAAAAAAAAAACCAUCAAUGUAGUCUGUAAUGUAAUUAUAUUAUUCGAGCACAUAAAAGGAAUAAAAAAAAAAAAAAACAUAUUUUUUUUUUGGCCCGUUGAUUUUACCACGAUAUUGUGUACGGUUUUACCAACGAAAACUUAACAAACUCGAAUAAAUGAAAUAAAGUACGUUUUUUUCGAAACAUGAAAAUAAAAAAAGUUUUGUACCGUUCAUUCCAGGGACACCGUCUUCAAGCGACGGUUUUUAAACGUCUAUCACACUUUCGCCAUUUAUUCUGUUCUCCACUAACAAUGUCGCGCGGCAUAAAAAACAAACAAAUAUCAUUAACAUCAUUACACCUACUUACACAUUGUUCAUCAUUAUCGCUUUUUGCACGCAGUUUCUCGCUCUUCUAUAAUAUUGCUCAUAAUAAUAAUAUCCGCCGCCUAUGGGGUCAAGCAGCACAUUAUUAAUAUUUUUAACAUUGCGUUUUUUUUUGUUUUUUUUUUUUUUUGUGUCACGCUUCUACAGGUAUAUUUUUUUUUCGGUUCGAUUUAUUUUUAUUUUUUAUUUUUUUUUUUUUAGGCGACCUGUUAAUUUAGUACCCGGCCCGCGUAUUCAAAGUCGACUGCACCAAUUUCAACGCAAUUGAUAAUAUUUUGUCAAUUCUUCCCCUUAUUUAUGGCUUUUCGUCGAGUUACCAUUGAUAAUAUUAUGUUGUACGCGUGUACAAAAAAAAAAAAAAAAAAAAAAACCAAACAAACAAACAAAUUUGUUGUCGUUUCUCGAUUCGGGUGUUGUUAUUUUUUUUUUUCUGUACACAUCAUACUCGCAAUUAUUAUGUGAUAAUAUUACUAAAAAGAAAAAAAAAACAUUAUUACGAUGUCGGUUAUCGGCCGCCGAACGCAAGAGACGCGAAAGAAGACCAAAAAAAAACCCAAAUCGUAUUUCCCGGUUCCUAUAUAGGCGAAUAGAAAACGAUACGUUGUACUAUUAUUAUUAAAAUAUCGCGAAACGAACAAAUCGUUCGCGGCGCGCCGAGUGCACGGUAUUUUUUACGUUGUUAUCGUUGAUGGCGUUUUGUUUUCGACAAAAAGACGUCAGGGAAAAAAAAAAGAAAAAAAAGACGAUUCGUUGUUAUUAUUAUUAUUAUUAUUAUUAUUUUUGUAAUAUUACGUACGAGAUAUUUGUGUUGUUGUGCCGCUGCGUGGAGGCCGUGUCCGUCGAGCAGGGCCCCGUCCGUCCGAAAACGGUUCGGACCAUCCCCCGCUCACCAUCCACUACCCCGCACCGCCCAUCGAAAUGCAUUGUGCGGAGGAAGAGGAAGAAGAAAACGAAAAAAAAAAAUAAAAAACAAAUCACAUUCGCACUUUCCGCACAGUGGUUUCGAACGGGUGAUGUGUAAGGUACUUACGAAAAUAUUUGUAAAACGCAUUAUUAUUAUUAUUAUUUUUUUUAUUAUUAUUAUUAUUAUUAUUACUUGUAUAGGUAUUGUAUUUUUAUUACGUUGUAUAGGUUUGUUUAUGUAUAUAUAUAUAUUUUUAUUUUUUUUUUUUUUUUAAUUAUAUUAUUAUUAUUAUUAACA